AUGCCGACGUUAGGAUCGUUAGGAUUUCUCAAGAAGAAGCGGACGAAAGAGGAUAAGCCAGACCCUUCUUCCAGUCAACCUACGAGUCCUGUUACACCAAUCACCCCGACAUCCUCGAGAACAUUCGGGUCGAGCUCCCUGACCACCGUCCCAACACAUAGUACAACCGCGACGAGCAUAGCUUCCCAAUCACAAUCGACGACGCAAGGUUCUCAGGAGGCACCAGCUUCUGCUGGUGGGGGGUCACAAAUGAAUCCACCAGCAGCCCAAGCCGUUCCUUACGGGAUCCAGCCUUCUCUGAGCCCCGCGCAGACGGGAACACCGCAAAAUCUACCGAGUAUCAAUAAUCUAAUCAACCUACCGCAAAAUGACGGUCACCCCGGAGCGCCCCCAGCACAACAUCAACAACACCAAUCACAACCUUCCGAGGUUAGGGUAACGAAGGGAAAAUACUCACUUACCGACUUCGAUCUCCUUCGGACGCUUGGCACGGGAAGUUUUGGGCGUGUUCAUUUAGUCCAGUCGAAACACAAUCAACGAUUUUACGCCAUUAAGGUUUUAAAGAAGGCCCAAGUUGUCAAGAUGAAGCAGGUGGAACACACAAAUGAUGAACGGCGGAUGCUUGGUGAGGUUAAACAUCCAUUCCUCAUCACUCUCUGGGGAACUUUUCAAGACCCGAAGAAUCUGUAUAUGGUUAUGGAUUUUGUUGAAGGUGGCGAGUUGUUCUCUUUGCUGAGGAAAUCAGGCCGAUUUCCAAACCCGGUAGCUAAAUUUUAUGCUGCAGAAGUCACUCUCGCCCUUGAAUACCUACAUUCAAGAAAUAUCAUUUAUAGGGAUCUAAAACCCGAAAAUUUACUCCUGGACCGCCACGGGCACCUCAAAAUAACAGAUUUUGGCUUUGCCAAAAGGGUUCCGGAUAAGACAUGGACCUUGUGUGGGACUCCGGACUAUUUAGCGCCAGAAGUGGUUUCUAACAAGGGUUAUAACAAAUCGGUCGACUGGUGGUCUCUGGGCAUCUUAAUCUACGAGAUGCUUUGCGGCUACACACCUUUUUGGGAUAGUGGUUCGCCGAUGAAAAUCUACGAAAAUAUCCUAAGGGGCAAGGUCAAGUAUCCGGCGUAUGUCCAUCCUGACGCUCAGAACUUACUGGAGCUUCUUAUCACGCCAGAUUUGACAAAGCGGCUGGGUAACCUCUAUGGAGGAUCACAAGAUGUGAAAAACCAUCCGUGGUUCGCAGAGGUUACAUGGGACAGGCUAUCAAGAAAAGAUAUUGAUGCUCCAUACACACCCCCGGUUAAGGCCGGUGCUGGUGACGCAAGCCAAUUCGAUAGGUAUCCCGAAGAAACAGAGAAGUAUGGCCAGUCGGGGAGUGACGAGUAUGGGUACCUGUUCCCUGAUUUCUGA